AAGCAACAACAGCAGCGAGAGGACUGAAAGGAGGAAAGCUGCAGUAUAACUUACAACAUGGCGUCUGCUGAAUUUGCUGAUCCUGGAAUCGGUGGAGAAUUUGAAUUUUCCGAGAAGUCCGUAAGACUGGGCUUCAUCAGGAAGGUAUAUGCUCUGCUUAGCGCUCAACUCAUCAUCACCUUCGGUAUUGUCGCCAUCUUCGUCUGGGUGCCAGACGUCCAAACAUUUGCCGCAACCAACUAUGCUCUCUUUUGGUCUGCCUUUGGUCUGACAAUUGCUAUGGUAAUUAUCCUGGCUUGCUGUGGCAACUUCAGGAGAAAGACACCUUACAACUACAUUGCUCUCUUCAUCUUCACCAUCUGUGAGGGUUACCUACUGGGAUGCUGCAGUGCAACAUUUGACGCCCCAGAUGUUGCAGCGGCCAUUGUGGUCACUUUUGUCGUUACAGGAGCACUCACAUUGUUUGCCUUCCAGACAAAAUGGGACUUCACGGUGAUGGGCGGGCUGCUCUUAGUACUGGUUACCUCGCUCAUCAUGUUCGGAAUCUUCGCAGCAAUCUUCAAUGACAGGAUAUUACAAAUGGUGUACGCCUGGCUUGGAGCUCUGUUGUUCUCGUUUUACUUAGUGUUCGACACACAGCUGAUCCUGGGAGGUAAACACAGGAUUGCUAUCUCACCUGAGGAAUACGUCUUCGCUGCUCUCAACUUGUAUCUAGAUAUUAUUAACCUCUUUCUAUAUAUUCUUGCCAUUUUCGGAGGCAGCAGAAGCUAGAUCAUCACGCUCUUCUCAACGUCUCUUAUUAUAUAAGUGUGAAUGUCAUUGUUACCUUCAACACGGUUUCUUUACCAAAACAAAAGCAAAUUAAUGUAAACUAAAAAAUUGAAUGGUUCACCAGAGAUUACUGCAUAUGGAAUAUAAACUUAGGAAAUGGCAUAGUAACUACCACCAUUUAUCUUCACAUCAUGAUAAAGCUUUUAAACAAACCAUACCACGGGUGGGGAUAGAACCCGCGAUCAGAGAGUCUCAAAACUCCAGACCGUCGCGUUAGCCACUGGACCAGCUAGCCACAAUAAAAUUCGUCCAACUAGGUAUAUUUCUACACCAUAUGGUGUAUAUUUCUACACCACGGUCUGGAGUUUUGAGACUCUCUGACCGCGGGUUCUAUCCCGCCCGUGGUAUGGUUUGUUUGCAAUCGUGUCAUUACGAUUUCGUGAGUCAUAAAGCUUUUAUCAGUGACAAAAUCACUGCAGUAACAUUAAAUUGCAUUUUAACUAGCAACACUUUUUGCUCUUUUCCUGCCUUAAACAGUAAAUAAAAACUUACAUAUUGCAAUAUAUGGACUCUUGAAAACUUUCUUUUUUGGGGAAAUUCCAACCCAGAUGAACUUUAAUGGUGGUUGACCUUAACUUGUGAGAUUCUCAGUGUUACAAGGAAGGUUGAUGAUGGCAUAACACGCUCAAUCUCGGUACAUUAAGUUAUACCAUAUAUCAACAGAAGUAUCCAUAUUGAAUCUGAAAUCAUUAGGACUUAUGUCUGUUAAUAAAGAUGACCACAUUGCUCAAUGAUAACCCGUAUGGAGACAGAAACACUCAAGAUUAGUUGAUCUGUAUUUCGACCACCUCACCCCGUAAAUGUUUAUGUAUCUGAGCUGAAGAGGAUCCCAAAAGGUGAUCGAAAUAUACAGACCAAUUAAUCUUCUGUGUUUGUCUCCAUAUGGGUUAUUAAUGAGUAUUGCCAACUGUUAAUUAGACUUUAGUUAUCCAUGAGUGCAGUAAUUAGGUAGUCUUGGUAUCAAUCAAUACGGUUACUACACUCAGCAGCUGUCAGCCACAGGUGAGUGUAAUUAGUUGGAGGUUCUGAGGACAGUUCAUUAUUAUCUAAUAUAAUAAAUAAAACAUUAUAUAUAUUACAUUAGAGUACGUCCGCCUCUACCUUGUGAUACAGGAAACGUUUCGCCACACAGUGGCUUCAUCAGUCCAAUACAAAGAGGAAGGCGUAAGGAGAGGAGGAGCUGAGGUCAACUACCGCAGUCUUCACACGUUCAUCCUUGCACAACACCAGAGAGCUUUAAUAUAAAGCUACCCCCCUUUUUCUUUAAUAAAACUGUACCGUUCUUCACUCUCCUUCUGCCAGCUCUAACACCUUUACUUAACUCGUUCCCACAAAUAUAAUAAUUAGAAUAAUCCUACAAAUGUAGUGUCGUUUCCACUGUGUGGGACUGAGGUUUACAACUAUUAUUGUGUGUAUAUAAUUUCCUUUUCACUUAAUAUUAUAUUACUGAUAUCUUCAUUAGUAGCUAAAAUGAAGAUAUCUUGUUAUAUAUUAUUAUCUGACCCUAUAUUAUUAGCUAUAUAAAUAGGUAGGAUGUGUGUUGAAUUAUGUUGCUAACUACCGUAACAUUGUUAGGGUAAAUCGGUGUCUCGGGGGGUGUCCCGUGAACCGAUUUAAUGUAAGGCUUGGAGGCGUUGCUAGGUCAGUCCCUGCCUUCCUCCAGCCCAGGAAACAUCUCCUCUUUCUAAUGUUUUUAUUUUUGAUCGAGUUUUGGGUUUAGAGGUUUCCAUGGUGAGCCGGAAAACCUGUUUCGAUACUCUGAAUAUUGCGGAAAAAAACAGAAGUAUUCCAAUAUAGUGAUUUUGAUAUUAAGGUUGUGGUUCUUUCUGAUAUUCUAAAGUAAAGCUUUGGGUUGAACUGUAUGGUUUUUACGUAUUACCGUAGUCCGGCAUGGAGUGGUACGACUUCCAUAGAGAUUCUUUUGAAGAUCUUUGCUGGGUUUGAUAAUUUUAUCUUUGUUCCUGCUCCGUUGUGAUUGUUAUAUUCUGAUGUUUCGACAUAUUUCUUUACCUUUGUGUAACUUCUUGCUUGUUAGGUAACUAUGUUUGAACGAAUAUAUUAUUCGAAGAAUUAUGAUUAAUCUUGUUUUGGCUUGAGUAAGAGUCUAGCCACGUCAAGGUAUUACUUGUACUUGACAAUUACUGAAACUUUCAUACAUAUAUAAAUUAUGUAAGACUUAUGUCUGAGAAUAUUAUUUUAGUAAAGUAUUCUCAAAGUUGUACUCGAAGUCACGUACCUUCAGCACUAUAGUACCAAGAGUACUGUAAGUCACGUACCUUCAGUACUAUAGUACCAAGAGUACUGUAAGUCACGUACCUUCAGCACUAUAGUACCAAGAGUACUGUAAGUCACGUACCUUCAGCACUAUAGUACCAAGAGUACUGUAAGUCACGUACCUUCAGUACUAUAGUACCAAGAGUACUGUAAGUCACGUACCUUCAGCACUAUAGUACCAAGAGUACUGUAAGUCACGUACCUUCAGCACUAUAGUACCAAGAGUACUGUAAGUCACGUACCUUCAGCACUAUAGUACCAAGAGUACUGUAAGUCACGUACCUUCAGCACUAUAGUACCAAGAGUACUGUAAGUCGCGUACCUUCAGUACUAUAGUACCAAGAGUACUGUAAGUCACGUACCUUCAGUACUAUAGUACCAAGAGUACUGUAAGUCACGUACCUUCAGCACUAUAGUACCAAGAGUACUGUAAGUCACGUACCUUCAGUACUAUUGUAUUACUCAACGAAAGAUACACUUUUAUAUUAAACAUAUUAAAUUUGAUCUUGUGGGAUCAUUACCUAGUUAUAAUCACAAAUCUCUAGAAUGAUGAUAUUUCUACUAAAGGAUAACUUUAGUAGAAAUAUCAAAGUAGUUGAAUCAAGGACAAGUGUCCUUGAUUCAACUACUUGUUACGAAAGAAAAACCAUUAAAGAGUAAAUACGUAAAGGGGUUCAUUCAAGGAUUCCCUGGAGUUCUGUACUCCUUAAUUGUGUAACCCAGCAUCACAUAAAAUUUCUGUUAUUGUAACAUGUAGUAAUAUUACAUUAUCCAUGAAGGAUAACUUGUAUUACCAAAGCUCUUUUUUAAAUAUUACAAUUGUCUGUCAAAAACAGUAGCACCUCUCUUCAGCCUUGGCUGAUCCCUGGGGUCAAACCAAGAAUCUAUACUGAAUGUUUCCUAGUGACUACUAACCUGGGGUUAAGCUGUCUGUAUAGUAAAUAAGAGUAUAUCACCGUAUCUACUGACAAUAUUGUUAAACACAUGCUGUACAUCACGUGUAUUACUGUACCUACUGACCCUGGGGUUGAACACAGCCUGUACGUCACCAGUAUUACUGUGCCUACUGUGCCUACUGACCCUGGGGUUGAACACAGCCUGUACGUCACCAGUAUUACUGUACCUACUGUACCUACUGACCCUGGGGUUGAACACAGCCUGUACGUCAUCAGUAUUACUGUGCCUACUGUGCCUACUGACCCUGGGGUUGAACACAGCCUGUACGUCACCAGUAUUACUGUGCCUACUGACCCUGGGGUCGAACACAGCCUGUACGUCACCAGUAUUACUGUGCCUACUGUCCCUACUGACCCUGGGGUCGAACACGGCAACACUGAUCUUGUAUAAACUAGUGUUACUACCCCGUGUAUUGCAUAAACUAGUGUUACUACCCCGUGUAUUGCAUAAACUAGUGUUACUACCCCGUGUAUUGUAUAUUCAACUAGAUUUGUGGUAUAUUUAUAGUUUUCUCUAUAUUGCUUUCCCUUCAUUUUUUUAUAUAUGUACAACCAUGAUAAAAAUGUCUCUUAAGUAUGCAAAAUAACAUUAGGUUGGGUGGGGGGUUGAACGAUAGCUCUAGGCCUUUCGUGUUGCAGUCAACACAUCUGGAGUUUGUAAUGUUGCAGAAAUAGAGCAGGAAAUCCAGAAAGGUUCGUUCAUGUGAACGGGUGAGCCAUUUACAUGAACGAACCGUACUGGAUUUCCUGCUCUAUUUCUGUAACAUUACAAACUCCAGAUGUGUUGACUGCAACACAAAAGGCCUAGAGCUAUCGUUCAGUUAUCCCUAUGUUUAUUUUGCAUCUUGUGUCGCUUCUUCACGAUUAUUGCAUAAUAUUAAGUAAAUGUAUGUCUCAGAGAUUUGUAACUGUACGUGUUAUACAGUGUUUACAGUGGCACUGUACGUGUUAUACAGGGUUUACAGUGGCACUGUACGUGUUAUACAGGGUUUACAGUGGUACUGUACGUGUUAUACAGUGUUUACAGUGGCACUGUACGUGUUAUACAGGGUUUACAGUGGCACUGUACGUGUUAUACAGGGUUUACAGUGGCACUGUACGUGUUAUACAGGGUUUACAGUGAUACUGUACGUGUUAUACAGUGUUUAUUAGUUGUAUUGCUGUAUUCUUGCACAAUAAAACACAUUAUAAUUAC